AUGGAUACCUACUACCACCACUUUGACAACAACACUGAACCACACUUACCACCUGGCUUUCGAUUCCACCCGACAGAUGAGGAACUCAUCACAUACUACCUCCUCAAGAAGGUUCUAGACAACACCUUCACUGGCAGAGCCAUAGUUGAAGUUGACCUUAACAAAUGCGAACCAUGGGAACUUCCUGAGAAAGCUAAGAUGGGUGAGAAGGAGUGGUACUUCUUUAGCCUACGUGAUAGAAAGUACCCAACUGGGUUACGUACUAAUAGGGCCACAGAAGCUGGUUAUUGGAAAGCCACAGGGAAAGAUAGAGAGAUCUAUAGCUCCAAAACUUGUUCCUUAGUUGGCAUGAAGAAAACCUUGGUUUUCUAUAGAGGUAGAGCCCCCAAGGGUGAAAAGAGCAACUGGGUCAUGCAUGAGUAUCGCCUUGAAGGCAAAUUUGCUUACCAUUACCUCUCUAGAAGCUCCAAGGAUGAGUGGGUGAUAUCACGCGUGUUUCAGAAGAACACCACAGGGGGUGGCUCCACCGUCUCUGCUGCCACCACAGCCAUGGCCACCACCGCCAAUUCAAAGAAAACAAAAAUGAGCACAUCAAAUGCUAGUUGCAGCAUGAGUCUUUGCCCUGAACCCGCUUCACCCUCAUCUUCCAUAUACCUUCCACCGCUUCUAGAAGCUUCUCCUUACACAACAUUCAACGACCGAGAAAGCUGCUCCUUCGACAGCGCCACCAACCAAAGGGAGCACGUGUCCUGUUUCUCCACAAUCUCCGCCGAUGCUGCCACCCUCGACCACCUCGUUCCCACGCCGGAGCCACCGCUUUGUCAAGACCCUUUCUCUCGGUUCCAGAGGAACAACGUUGGUGUCCCUGUCUUCCCAAGCUUGAGGUCGUUACAAGACAACCUUCAGCUACCGUUUUUUUUCUCCCCGGCGGUGCACGGCGGAGCUGCUGACGUGGCGGGAUGUGGCGGCAUCGGGAACUGGCCAGUGACGGAGGAGCAGAGGGUGGCUGACGGCGGUUCGGGCAUGAUGGGAGCGUCGGAACUGGAUUGCAUGUGGGGCUAUUGAUUUUUUGCGUUGACCUUGUUGUUCAUGUUGACUAGUAGGGUUUAUUAGGCUUUUGAAUAUUUCAUUAAUUAGUGGGUAGGAAUAUCUAUGUUUCUAUUAUUGGGUUUGGACCUUUAUUUCUUUGAUUUUGACUCCAUUGUAGUAAUUGUUAGGGUUGUUUUGGGGUUGCGGUUGGUUUGAUU